AUGCGCAAGAAGGGCUCCUCCACCACCACGCGCCCCGCGCACGUCCACACCAACGCGCCGUCCGCGCCGACGGGCGGCGGCGGCGGCGGCGGUGACGAGACGAUCGAAACGACCGUCGGCGCGCUCCCGCUGUGGGACGUCACCGCCGCUGCCCCCAAGUGGGCGCCGCCGACGUCCCUGUGCACCAAGGCGGGCGCCAAGGCUGUGCUCGAGGACGCGCGCGUCGCCGCCACGAUCGAGUGCGCGCGCGCGGGGUACCUGGAGAAGCUGCGCAAGAUGCUCAACCGCCUCGCGACGCAGAAGGGCGCGGGCGCGCCGCCCCCUCAGGCGUUCGAGCGGUGGCGCUUCGCGGCGAAGCACGCGGAGGACGCCUCGUCUUCCAUCGACCCGGUGAUACCGAACGGUGAUACCGAAGGCGGCGCCGCGGCGUUCAACGCGCUCGUGGACGACCUCACGCGCGCGGGCGUGUCGUCGUCAUCGGCAAAAGCCAUCGCGUCACAGCUGGCGGAGGCGGCGGGUAGAUACGCCCGGCUGUGUCGACGGUCCCAGGCGGUACUCGCCUCGUGCCAGCACCCGUGGACGGAGGAAUCGUCCCGUGGGGGUGACGACGAUUCGGGGGACGAUUCGGAUGCAUCGGACGACGACGACGACGACGACGAUGUCGAUUCCGAUGGCGACACAGCUGGCGAGAAGCGGCGCGGGGGCUUGAUCCGCGUCGCCGUGGGUUUCCGCGCGCGAUCCGUCGAGCUAAGGUCGACGCGCGGCAAACACUUCGCGGUGCUCUCCAGGCGCGCGUACGGAAAGUUGGCGGCGAUGUACCGACGGUCGUCACCGGCGUCGGACCCGGGUCUGCCGGCGCCCCCCGAGGGCGGUGACUCACCGGGCGGUGACUCACCGGGCGGUGACUCAUCGGACGAUUCGGACGAUUCGGAUGACGACGACGACGAGAGGCGCGCCAGGUUCGACGACGAGGAGAGCGCUUUGGUGAACGCCGCUGCGAACGUCGUCGAUUCGCUGAACGACGACGCGUCCAACGAACCCAAAUCGUACGUCGUCUUCCACGCUCGACUCUUCGCGCUGCUCCUUCGGUACAAGAGCAUCCACGGGUACGGCUUCCAGGCGAGCGUGGGGCCGGAGGUUUUCGAGCUCCUGCGACGUACGGUGGGUGCGCAGGUGGAGUGCUUCGCGUCCCCGCUCAACGCGUUCCACGGGCGGUACCACAGCGCCUUUCCCGACGUGGACGGCCCGUUCGGCUCGUGCGGUGACUUUUUCCGAUACUGUGCCGAUAAGAUCAGGCGGGGGAGCUUCCAGGUCAACCCGCCGUUCGUGUCCGACGUCAUGUCCGACGCGUACGACGCCAUGGCCACCGCGUUGAACGCCGCGGACGAAGCGGACUCGCCGUUGACGUUCGUGGUGUUCGUCCCGGGAUGGACGGAGACGUCCGCGUGGCGUAAGCUGACCGCGUCCACGCACGCGCGAAACUCGUUCGUCGUGGCGGCUUCCGACCACGGGUACCUCGACGGCGCCGCGCACCAACGGAAGAACGCGUACCGCACGUCGGUGUACGACACCGGGGUGUUCGUGCUGCAGUCGCGCAGGGCGGUCGGCACGAACGUGGGUAAGACGAUCGCCGCGGAGGGCGGGAAGCGUUUCGAACGAGCGAUGCGAUUAGCGCUGGGUCACGCCCGGAGAAGGGCUCGCCGAGCGGAGGAUCGCGUCAAGUCUCGGGAGAAGGAGCGCGAGGUGCGGCGCGAGGAGAAGGCUAGGCGCGCCGCGGAGAUGAGGGAGAAGCGGAGCGAGGGGAAGAAGGGGAAGAAGAGGCGCGCGAGCGACGGCGACGGGGACGAAGACACAGCUGGCGACGACACAGCUGGCGAGCGAAGGAAAGGGGAGAAGAAGAAGGACAGCAAGGCGGCCAAGGCGAGACGGAAGCGUCGCGAGGCUGCGGGGUGGACCAAGGGGCGGAACGGCGCGGGGAAGAGGCGCGCGCCGAAGCCGGACUCCAACUGA